CACUCGGAAAGGGUUGGAUACUUUCUUUCUUUCUACAUCAAGCAAUUCAAAGGAGUCUUCGUCUUCCUUUCGGAUCAGUUCCUUCAACAUCCUGGAUCUUUUUCGUGUCAAAAUAGCUGAGAUUUUCAGUGGGACUUUCGGAGUGAAUCCUAUCAUAAAAAAGAGAUUGUUUCUUUUUUCUUUUUUCUUUCUGUGGGUAUUGGGUAUCAGAGUGUUUGCUCUUCUGGGUCUGAGCCAUUUUUUGGUUUUCGUUUUGUAUUGGAUUGCCAAUUGGUGAUCUGGGUUCUUCUUGAUUUCUUGUAUUCCGUACUUGGUCUGAAUCUUGGACACUGUUAUGAGAAUUUGAGUUGAACUCUUAGGUGGAGAAACUGGGAAAAAGCUUCGUCAAUGGCUGGGCAAGAUUCGAUUGAACUGAAAUUCAGGCUCUCUGAUGGCUCUGAUAUUGGUCCGAGCAAGUAUAGCCCAAGCACCACUGUGGCAACUCUCAAGGAGAAAAUACUUGCGCAAUGGCCUAAAGAGAAAGAAAAUGGUCCAAGAACAGUAAAUGAUUUGAAGCUUAUCAAUGCGGGAAAGGUGCUGGAAAACAACAGGACACUUGCAGAGUCCAGACUUCCACUUGAACUCCCAGGAGGUGUCAUCACUAUGCAUGUUGUUGUGCGUCCUCCUCUUUCUGACAAAAACAAUGACAAACCACAGAAUGAUUCUCCAAACAAUGCCCGGUGUUCAUGCACAAUAUUGUAGAUCCAGUUAACAAGAAUGACAGGGCUUCUUCAGUUGGUGUUUGGACUGAGUUUUGCUUGCUGGAUAUGAGGAGAUGCAAAUCAAAAGCUUAAUUUUUUCUCAUCACCAGUUGCUAUAAAGACACGAACUUAAAAAGGUUUCAACCAGAGUUUUGUUUGCUGUGGAUCUCAUUGUUUCUUCAAGUAAAAGAUUUUUUUUUUUUUUCUUUCCUUUUUACUUUUUUCUACUUAUGUUGCUUGUGAAUGAAAAUGGAGCUGGCCGCAUAGUUGGAUUGGAAGCUUGGUUAAAGUUUUUAUACCAUUGUUAAAAGGUGUAAAAGGAAAACAAAUAUAGAAAAUUGAGUAAUUCGGUUUUGUUUGGGGGUUUACUGUAAGCAAAACUGCUUCUUCAUUUUUUCCUUCGAAAAAUCAUACAAAAAUAAAUUUCUUUCACAUGACAUGUACAUUUUAUUUCAUAAUUCGCAGCUUCAGUUGAUUUUUAUCCAAUUAAGUAGUCCAUGGAGAGUGAAAUAUAAAAAUGAAACUUUAUAUUUGAUUUGCACAUUGCUUAAGAGCACCAUUUAAAGACUAUUUUCGUAAACCAUAUAUAUCAUUAUCUAUACAUAAACAUAGAGAAAUACUCUACUAGGCGAUAGAACCUAAGAUAUCUCCGUGAUCGAAUUGGACUAUAUAAAUAUAUUAGGAAUGUUAUUUCUUGAUUAAAUUAAGGCUCCAAGUGGAAAUUCUUUAUUAGGAAUGUUAGUCCUUGAUUAAAUUAAGGCUCCAAGUGGAAAUUCUUUCAUCUGUUUGUAAAUUUUGAUCAAAACCAUAGCGAAUACUACCAAUUUAUUAGGAUUCAUCCACCAGCCGAAAUAUAAGUUCAUAUAGCUUUACACCAAAGAGAAAUGGGGCAUAGAAAACGACGGGAGAUUUCCAUUGCUUUUUUGAAAGAUAUAAAUAUGACUGUCGAUUUAAAAAAAAAAACAAAAAUGAUAUUCUAUACAGCAAAAUGAAUUAUACCACUGAGAUUACCAACCCUUCCCCCUCUUAAAAAAAAAAAAAAAAAAAAAAAAAAAGAAAAAAGAAA